CAGCGAUGCCGUCACCUGGGCAGACCCCGACCGCUGGCAGCCCACGGACGUAGGUGCAGCCGCGCUGCGGACCCCCGGGGCGUGGAGGCAGGGAAGAGCCUUGAACCGUGAGGGGCCGUUAACUCUAAGAUGUCCUUGAGCAGCGGAGCUUCCGGAGGGAAAGGAAUCGAUGCGAACCCGGUAGAGACGUACGACAGCGGGGAUGAAUGGGACAUUGGCGUAGGGAAUCUCAUCAUUGAUCUGGACGCUGAUUUGGAGAAGGAUCAGCAGAAAUUGGAAAUGUCGGGCUCCAAGGAGGUGGGGCUGCCGGCACCCAACGCGGUGGCGACCCUGCCCGAUAACAUCAAGUUCGUGAGCCCGGUGCCAGGCCCGCAGGGCAAGGAGGGCAAAUCCAAGUCGAAAAGGAGCAAGAGUGGUAAGGACAGUGGCAAGCCAACCCCGGGGACCUCCUUGUUCACCCCCAGCGAGGGAGCUGGCGGCAAGAAGGAGGCUCAAGGACGCUCUGGGGACGGCGCAAACUCUGGUGGCUUGGUGCCUGCCGUCACCCCCAAGGGCUCGGAGAAGUCGGCCAAGGCAUCUCGCAGCGUGGCCGGCUCCAAGAAGGACAAGGAGGGUGGCUCAUCCAAAAGCAAGAAGGAAAGGAGUGAGGGUGCGGGGGCUCCGUCGGAGAAGGAGCCUGGUGUGCUGCAGCCCCUGGCCCUGGCGGUGAGGGUGGGACAGUACGAUGGUGGCCAGGGAACGGAGCCUGCUGCUGCCGAGCAGCUUGGGAGUAUAGCUAUUGACACGGGAGCUGCGCUCAAUCCCUUGGGAGUUAAGUCGGAGCUGGAGGACGGGGAAAGCGAGUGCCGGCAGCUGAAAAAGGUCAAAUCGGAGAAGAUGGAGUCUCCGGUCUCCACGCCCGCGGUGUUGCCCUUGCACCUCCUCGUCCCCGUUGUCAACAACGACAUCUCGUCGCCGUGCGAGCAGAUCAUGGUACGCACCCGCUCCGUGGGGGUGAAUACCUGCGACGUGGCCCUGGCCACCGAGCCCGAGUGCCUCGGCCCCUGCGAGCCUGGGACCAGCGUGAACCUGGAGGGCAUCGUCUGGCAGGAGACUGAGGACGGUAUGCUGGUGGUCAACGUGACCUGGAGGAACAAGACGUACGUGGGGACGCUGCUCGACUGCACGCAGCACGACUGGGCGCCUCCCCGGUUCUGCGACUCUCCCACCAGCGACCUGGAGAUGCGCAACGGCCGGGGCAGAGGCAAGCGCAUGCGCCCCAACAGCAACACGCCCGUGAACGAGACGGCCGCCGCCUCGGACAGCAAAGGGACCAGCAACAGCAGCAAGACGCGGGCAGGAGCCAACAGCAAAGGGCGCCGGGGAAGCCAGAACUCCUCGGACCACCGCACGCCGCCCAGCGGCACGGCGGAGGACGUGAAGGCCAGUCCCUCCUCCGUCACCAAGCGGAAGAGCAAACCCCUCUCCGACAUGGAGCUGAACUCCAGCUCGGAGGACUCCAAGGGCAGCAAACGCAUCCGCACAAACUCGAUGGGCUCAGCGGCGGUGCCCCCCGCCACGGUGAAGGUGGAGCCGGCUGUCCUCGACCGAAACUGCCCUUCUCCCAUCCUCAUCGACUGUCCCCACCCGAACUGUAACAAGAAGUACAAGCACAUCAACGGGCUGAAGUACCACCAGGCCCACGCACACACGGAUGACGACAGCAAGCUGGAGGCAGAUGUGGACAGCGAGUACGGCGAGGAGCCCUCCCUGCACGCGGACAUCGGGAGCUGCAACGGUGCCGCCGUCUCGCAGAAGGGCUCGCUCUCACCGGCUCGCUCGGCCACCCCCAAGGUCCGUUUGAUGGAGCCCCACAGUCCGUCCCCGUCGAGCAAGUUCAGCGCCAAGGUCCCCUGCAAGAAGAAGCUAGGGGGGGAAGGGGACACGGACCCGGGUGCCCUGUCCAACGACGGCUCUGAGGACGGUCCCUCGGUGGCUGAUGAAACGAGUAACGAUGGCUUCGACUCGCUGGAGAAGAGGUGCGUUGAUAAGGACAAGUCCAAGAAGGCAUCUGGUGCUAAGCAGGAAAAGAUGCCUUCCAAAAGCUUGAAGUCUGCCAGACCCAUUGCACCAGCCAUUCCCCCCCAGCCGAUUUACACCUUCCAGACGGCCACCCUCACCGCAGCCAGCCCCGGGUCCUCCACGGGCCUCACCACCGCCGUGGUCCAGACCAUGCCCAACAGCCCUCAGCUCAAACCCAUCCAGCCCAAGCCUACGGUGAUGGGAGAGCCCUUCACUGUCAACCCUGCCCUCACCCCUUCCAAGGAGAAGAAGAAGAAGGACAAGAAGAAGAAGGAGCCCAAAGAGGUAGAAAACCCUCUGACUCCUGGCAAGGUCUGCAGAGCAGAGGAAGGCAAGAGCCCUUUUCGGGGAGAAUCCAGCGACCUUGGGACGAAAGGUGAGGGACUGCUGAACGGUUCAUCCGACCCCCACCAGAGCCGGCUUGCCAGCAUCAAGGCUGAGGCAGAUAAGAUCUACAGCUUCACGGACAACGCCCCGAGCCCCUCCAUCGGUGGUGCCAGCAGGCUGGAGAACACCAACCCGGCCCAACCCAUGACCCCACUUCACGUCGUCACCCAGAAUGGGGCAGAGGCGAGCUCAGUGAAAACCAACAGCCCGGCCUACUCAGACAUCUCUGAUGCCGGGGAGGAUGGGGAGGGCAAGCUGGAGAGCGUGAAGGCGAAGGACCCAGAGCAGUUGGUCAAGGAAGGCGCCAAAAAAGCUCUUUUCCCCCCACAACCACAGAGCAAAGAGUCUCCCUAUUACCAAGGCUUUGAAACCUACUACUCCCCUGGCUACCCCCAGGCAAGCCCAGGUCCCUUGAACCCCAGCAGCCAGGCUGCGGCCGAGACACAAGCCUUGAAGCUGAAGAAGGACGAGGAACAGGAGAACCCGGAGGUGAAGGUGAAGAGCGAGGGCAGUGAAGAGAAGAAGGCAGAGCUCGGCAGCUCCAGCCAGCAGCCCUCGGUCAUCCAGCAGCGUCCCAACAUGUACAUGCAGUCCCUCUACUACAACCAGUACGCCUACGUGCCGCCCUACGGCUACAACGAGCAGGGCUACCACGCUCACCUGCUGAGCACCAACCCUGCCUACCGCCAGCAGUAUGAGGAGCAGCAGAAGCAGCGGCAGAGCCUGGAGCAGCAGCAGCAGCGAGGGCUGGAGAAGAAAGCGGAGCUGGGCUUGAAGGAGAGGGAAGCAGCUCUCAAGGAGGAGUGGAAGCAAAAGCCGCCCAUGCCCCCGACGCUCACCAAGGCCCCGAGCCUCACGGACCUCGUCAAGUCGGGGCUGAGCAAGGCCAAGGAACAGGGAGGUGCCGACAUAGCCAAAUCCGUCAUCAUCCCCAAGCUGGAGGACUCGUCCAAGCUGUCUGGCAGCCAGGUGGCCGAGGGACUGAAGGUGAAGCUGAGCGAGGCCGGCCACCUCGGGAAGGAGACCGCUGAGACGAAGGCUGGGUCCGAGUGUGGCCGGCAAGCGGAGGUGGACCCCGUGCUCUGGUACAGACAGGAAGCAGAGCCCCGUAUGUGGACCUACGUUUACCCUGCGAAGUACUCGGACAUCAAGACGGAGGAUGAGCGGUGGAAAGAGGAGCGGGACAGAAAGUUGAAGGAAGAAAGAAAUCGAAGCAAAGACGUUGUGUCCAAGGAGGACGGGAAAGAGAGCACCAGCUCCGAGUGCAAACUGACCCCCACCGAGGAGGCUCGCAUGGUGGGAAAGGACCCCAGACCCAGCGUCCACGUCCCCGUGUCCUCACCCCUCACACAGCAUCAGUCCUAUAUCCCCUACAUGCACGGCUACUCCUACAGCCAGUCGUACGACCCCAACCACCCCAGCUACCGGGCCAUGCCCACAGUCAUGAUGCAGAAUUACCCAGGAUCGUACCUUCCCUCCAGCUAUUCCUUCUCCCCGUAUGGGAGCAAGGCAUCCGGGAGCGAUGACAGCGACAAAUCCCGAGCCAGCCCCAGCGUCAGCUGUAAAUCCAGCUCUGAGUCCAAGGCCCUGGACAUCCUGCAGCAGCACGCCAGCCACUACAAGAGCAAAUCGCCCACGAUAAGCGAGAAGACAUCUCAGGAGAGGGACCGCGGCGGCUGCGGAGUGGUGGGGGGCGGCGGGAGCUGCAGCAGCGUCGGGGGAGCUGGCAGCGGGGAGAGGAGCGCGGACCGUCCCCGGACCUCACCAUCUCAGCGCCUGCUCUCGACACAUCACCACCACCACCACCUCGGGUACUCGCUGCUGCCGGCGCAGUACAACCUGCCCUAUGCAACAGGUCUGUCCUCCACAGCCAUCGUGGCCAGCCAGCAGGGCUCUGCUCCCUCCCUAUACCCACCGCCCCGGAGGUGAGAAUGGUAAGGCUGCCUGUGGGGGGGGGACACGGGGCCGCCUCGAGCCGCAGGUUUGGGGUUCGCCCCUCGGCGGGGGCUGGCGGAGGCAGGGGCUGACAGGGCCUUGGGUUCGGCAGGACGUGAGGCUGGGACGCCUGGGCUGUACGAGACAUGUGACUGGCUCACAUGGGGACACGCUGGAGACUCCUUUAGACAUCAGUUGAAUGGUGUUAAUUGUUCUGCUUGACGUUCCUGCCGUGAUCUGAGGCAGACUCUGUCUUCUCCCCCCGUCGGACACACACUGAAUCCCCCCCACCCCCUCCCCUUUGGCGAGUGGGCGAGCUGGUACCCACGGAAAUAUUUAUUCUACUGGGCACCGGCACUUGGGAUGGAGGUGAAUCGCCUGCCUGGUGCAUAUGAAGAGGAAACGGAAGCACUGAGGUUUCUCGAUGGAUUUGUGGCCCUGCUGUGUCCCUGCGAGUCACCACGUCGCCGUUGGGGCUGAGCGUCACAGGACCUGGGGCGGGCGGUGCAGGCUGGGACGCUGCCGCCUGCGCCCCCCCUGAGGCUCGAGCCGCGGGGCAGAUCCCCGAGGGGGGGGGCACGGUCUCAGGAAAGGAAGUUCCAGCAGCGCCGCGUGGGUGACACAGAGCCAAGGCAAGGGACGGGGAUGGGGGAGACGGCAGCUUCGUGGGGUGCAGCCAUGGGGGGGGAGGUGUGCACGUCAGCGGGUCAGGCGGCCUCCCUGCCUCCAUCGGCUUCAGCCCCUCUCCGGGCGCCUCUGCCCUCUCCCAGCCCCACGGCUCCGGGCAGCAGAACGGGGCGCUGGGGGCUGGCGCCAGCAGCACCCACCACCCGGCCCUGCUGCCAGGGUUUUUCCCCAGUGCCUUGUUACGGUCCAGCCCUGACUGAAGCUCAUUUCCAAGGCUUCUGAGUUGGUUUCUGAGCUGUGACUCUGCAUCCCACCCACCCUGCCCCGAGCCUUUCCUCUGCCCUGCGCCCCAGGGAAAGCGGCUACACAUUGCAUCCUCUCUGCCCUGUCUCCAUCAGCUUCCCCAGGCUGCGAGCAGAGCUCAGCGAGGAACAAGCACACUUAGGCUCUGCCGGAGGCACCUGGGGCUGCGCAGGCCCCAUGCCGGGGUGCAGGGCACCAGCCCCCUGAAGCCGCUUCCCGGCGCCCCAGGACAGGGGCUUUCUGGUCCUCUGCCCGCCCCAGCCGCGGUGUGGCUCCCCCCGGGCCGGCUCGCUACCUCGGCCCGUGGCCGCCCCCCCGGCUGUCCCCACCAUCCCUCCCCGCCGCCGUCCCUCCCAGACUGGGGGAGUGCCGGGGGGUUCCCCUCGGGCUGCGGCAGUCUCCGUCGUGUGCGUGCGCGCGCGUCACACCCGGCCCUGAGGGGUCGCUGUACCGGGAUGCUCUGCCCGCCGGGCUCUGUACAUACUGUAAAAAGCAAUUGUUUGAAAGCUGUUGUUUUUGGGUUUUGUUUUCUUUUCCCUGUCCCGGCCCAUCCUCCCCGCUCCUUUCCCCUCACCCGCUUUACCUGGUUGGAGAGAUGCUCGCUGGCCCCGGUUCUGACCAUGGCCGCGUGGUGGCCCCAGCCUGCUCUCCUCGACGCCUCUUAGUUCGACUCGUUUUUUUUUCUUCCUCUCUUUGUUGACUUUGCAAGGUGGUGGGGUCGGGGCGACGCGGGGAGCCCCUCAGUGCACCCUGCUGAGGCUGCUCCACUGCGCGAGGAGGGUGCCUGGGUGGGUGGGGGGCUGCUCCACACCUCCUUGGGACCUGGUUGCCUCUCCCUUUAGGUGUCAAGUGAGCCAGCAGCUGAAGCAGAACAGGGCCAUUGGAUGUUCCCAGGGCCAGCUCCUGCCCGCGGGGCCCCCAGCCCUCUGGGGCCCUGUCCCCAGCCCCUGCCCGCGAGCGGGCGCCCGCCCGGGUGUUGCACCGUUGAUGUUUCUAGCGCUCGUUUCCAUUGGAGUUGCUGUGUUGGGUUUCAUUUCAGUCUUCCUGAUUCUGCCCUUCUGUAAAGUGUACAUUAUUACCAAGUUCCUUGUUUUUUAUAUAUAUAUAUAUAAAUAUAUAUAUAUACAAACUGUACUCUUCUUGCCUUUGUACAUUUGGGCAAGGAGAGAGAAUAAAUCUUUUUAAGAGACAAUCACAAA